AUGAUUCCCGGAACUUCUCGCUUUUGGGCGACGCCAGAAGAUCAGAUACACCAUACCAUGGUAAUGGGCUGUUCAUUGUCAGGCCGGCUUACUGUUACAUUGCAUGUCUUAAGCGGGGCGCCGGGGAGUGCAGUGACCAUGAUGGGGCGCUCAAGAUGGGUCCACUACCUAUGAAGUGUUGUCAAGUCGUUGCAUGUGUCGGUAUCCAGACUCGAAUGUGUACUGUAACCGAUGACGGGCCUGGUUCACGAACUAUUCCGCUCAACCCCUCGGCAUCCUCCAAGCCCAAGGCUGUUUGCUGAAGUGGCCCUGUACUCGUCGUGCGGACUCGUGCUUGGCCUGCGCGCUGAAUUCGGCUCCGAAACAACUGAAGCCUGCCUGCCACUUUCGCCACUUGCCACUCUCCUGCCGCUGAGAGCACUUUCAUGUCAGGUAGACGGUAGUUCUGGGAUCUCUCAACUUUUAUCCCUUCUACUGUCCGUACUCCAUAUGCCCGGCGCUACCGUAGUCAGGCAUUGCUCAGGGGCGGGUCAGGAACCGGGAUGUCCUGUUGUCCCAUACUCACCGCGUACUCCGGACGGAACUGGCGUCGCUACGAGCAAUGACGACGAAGCUGCAGAUUGCCGGACAUGACGGCUGUUUCUUAGCGUGCAGGUGACACGUGUAGGGCCUGUUCCCUGUAGGGGCUGCAGAAAUUCAAAUGUGGGCAAGGGCGGGAGUAUCCGUAAAAUGGAGCGUCCUUCAUGGACCUGC